AUGCCAGGCCUCUACACCCUCUUGUCCUGGGAGGCUCUGCCCCUGAAGAGCUCCACGGUGAAGGCUUGUGCCAACGGAUACUCCCUGAGCAUCACUGCUCACCUCACCUACACCAACCCCCACAAGGAGCCUGUGGAAGGCAUCUUCAUCUACCCACUGGAGGAGUCGGAGGUGGUGGCUGGCUUUGAGGCAGCAGUGGGCAGCCAGCGGGUGACAUUCCAGGUCCAGAACCGGCACCGGGUGCAGGACUGCUGCCUCCAGUGCAGCCCCAGCCCCGGCCGGCUGCGCCGCUGUGCCAGUGGCCAUCUUGUCUUGGAUGAGGACGUGGAGCGCUCCACCUUCAUCAUUGUCACUGGCACACUGUGCCCGUCGGAGAGCCUGGCCAUCACCCUGAACACAGUGCAGGAGCUGCCCACGCUGCCAGAUGGGGCCCUGCGCCUCCUCCUGCCCCCCAUCCUCACGCCCCACGUCCCCGCCGACCCCGAGAGCGAGCCGGCAAGCUUGUGUGACGACAGGUUGGCCCUAUGCCCCACCAGCUGUUUUGGGGGGCCAGGUGCCCGGAGCCAGUCACCCACUGUGGUACCUGUGGAGAGCGUGGAUGUCUUUCGGGGACGACCCUACAACCCUUUUCCUUACGAGUUCAACUUCGAGCUGCUGGUGAAGGGCCCCUGCUUGCUGGCAGGGCUGGAGAGCCCAUCACAUGCCCUGAGAGCUGACGCUGACCCCUGGGCCAGUUCUGCCACCACCACCUGUGUCACCCUAGCUGAGCCCCACCACUAUGACAGGGACCUGGAGAUCAUCCUCUACCCUUGUGAGCCCCACAGCCCCCACCUGGUGAUUGAGGAUGGCACCAUGACAUACCCCGAGUACGAGGCACACAUCCGGAGCCGCCGGGAUUACGCGCGGAUUGCCAGGAAGGACAGCAGUGGCGAGAGACAGGUGGCUUUCAUGCAGAAGCGUUUCCACAAAGACAUCUUCCCCAACCCCGUGCUGAUGCUGAACUUCUGCCCGGUUGUGGAGGGCGUCCCCGGGGACCUGCAGAGCGUCACCCGUGAGAUCCUCUUCCUCAUUGACCGCAGCGACACCAUCAGUGGCCCUGACCUUGACAGGGUCAAGGAGGCUUUGCUGGUGGCCCUGAAGAGCCUCCCUUCAGGAACACUGCUCAACCUCGCCAGCUUCGGCACUGACAUCAAGCCGCUCUUCCCAUCCAGUCGCCUCUGCAGCAACGAGACCUUGCGGCGUGCCUGCGAGCACCUCGGCGGGCUGCGGGCGGACCCUGGCGGCACCAACCUGCUGGCAGCCCUGGGCUGGGCGCUGGCACAGCCCCUCCACCACGGCUACCCUCGCCAGCUAUUCCUCUUCACCGGUGUGGCAGUGGGCAACGCAAGCAGGAUCCUGCGGCUGGUGCGCAGGCAGGCCAGCACCGUCAGGUGCUUCAGCUUUGGCAUGGGCCCGCGGCCGUGCCGGCGGCUGCUGAAGGCCGUGGCCAAGGUGAGCCGGGGCCGUGCCGAGUUCCUGGGUCCGGCCGAGAGGCUGCAGCCCAAGCUGAUCAAGUCCCUGAAGAAGGCGAUCGAGCCAGCCAUCAGCGACAUCACCAUCGACUGGUACGUCCCUGACAGUAUGGAGGCUCUGCUCUCACCCACCGAGCUCCCGGCCCUCUACCCUGGUGACCGCCUCAUCAGCUACUGUGUCCUCUACAGCAUCGCCCGCUUCGGUGGCAGGCGCCCGCUGGGCCAGGAAGGAGCUCGGCAGAGCUCCCGGGGUUCAGCCUUUCUCUCCCAGCAGGAAGUGCCCAGUCCUGGGGAGAGCCACCAGCCAUCCCAGAGCAACCCAGGAACCGGGGAUGCCUCCCUGGAGCUUUUUGCUGGAAGUACAGAGGUGUCAGAGAGGAGUAUUGAUCCUGUUUCUGGGGGAGACAUCUGGAAGCGGAUUUACCAGCCCUCCUACAUCCAGGAGCAGUAUGUCCUGACACACUGUUCUGUCAGCACUGACCGCAGCCAGGGGCUGCUCUCCCGCAGCUCCACCAGCAGCGAGUCCACUGGCUCCCGGGAUGUGGCCCCCGAGGGUGGCUCCUUGGCUCCUGGUGCUGAUGUCACCUCCCAGCAGGGCCAGAAGAGCCUGUCCCUCUGUGAGUCCUCCACCAAAUCUGCCCCGCUGCCCUCUGCCCCAGCUGGCACCAAGGUCACGGUGGCCCUGAGCACAGAGGAGCUGGCACGGCAGAAGAAGGCACUGGCACGUGCUGCCUUGGCUGGGCGCAGCUUUUCCACGCCACACGGGGAGCUGGAUGCCCAUCGGCUCUGCCAGGCCUUGGAAAAGGUGUCACAGAAGACGAACCAGUCCCUGGAGGGGCGGCUGGAUGAGCUGGGACCCCAACCACGGCAAAUGCAGCCCAGCGCAGGAGAGUCAAAUAACCUCCUCUCGCCCACCCACCUGGACUGGGACAUGCUGGUGGAGCCCUCCUACCUCUUCAGUGCCUCACCAGCGCCCGAGCAGGGGCAGCCCAGCCUGGACGAUGCCAGCAUGCCCCUGCGCUGCCAGGUGGUGAUCCAUGCACUGCGAGCAGGCAAGCCGGUGUCCUGGGAAGUGACAGCCUCGCUGGAGUCACUGCUGCAGCCCCGGGAGGGGCCGGGCAGGGAGGACCCGCCGCGGCGGGUGGCCAAAGCCUGGGACAAGCCGCUGCACCGCCUGGCAGCGCGCUCCAUCGUCCAGGACAAUGAGAGCGUGGCACAGCGAGAAGCCAAGCUGGAGCAGGGUUUUGCCCGUCGGUUCCGCCUGAAAGCCGUGCAAACCAGCAAAGCCUGCAACGUGCCUUCCCUCUACACCCGCCUGGUGCCCGUGGACGGUGCCACACAGGCAGCCCUACCCACAGCCCCCGAGGUGUGGGGCAUAGGUACGGGCAAGGGCCUGGUGGGAUGGGGAGGGGCGGGUCAGGGACAGCAGCAGGAUGUAGAGGAGCAGGAUGAGGCCCCUGGCGCUGCAGAGCGAGACGAGAUUCCCAGGUCUCCAGGCAGCAUCUCCUCCCCUACCUUUGGCUGGGAAAAGCGGAACUACUCAAAUGGGCCUCCAUCCAGCCCCUCCACCACCUCCAUGGGCUCCCAGAAAUCCACAGAGAGCACUGCAGGCUCCAGGUUUAGCCUGAGCAGGCGCAGGGGUCCCAGCCUGGUGCUGCGCCCGCAGUGCCUCAGCCCAGAAAGCGAGCGCUCCAGCAACCACGCAAGCCAUGACUACCUCCCGCUGGUGCAGCUGCAGCAAGCCCGGGGGCCGUUCCAGCUCACCGAGAGUUUCUCUGAAGUGGUGCAGAUCCCCUUGGACCGCCUGCGCCGGGCCUCCCCUUAUGCCUCCCACCGUGCCAGCCUCAGCCCCGUGUCCCCAGGGGCCAGAAGCAUGCCUGAGGCAAGACCUGGAGCUGAGGAGGCUCAGGAGCCCAUUGCAGCCCUGCAGCCCAGCUCGCCCACAUCCCAGAGCACUUGCUCCGAGGUGCCCAGCGCAGCCGUGUGGGCGCAGGCGGACAGCGGGCACGGCUCCGAGUCCGACACCGGGCCCCACUCUGCUGCCCCCUCUGAGGCCGGUGUGAGCUGUCAGGACAUGGGGCCAGAGGAUCUGGAGAGUGCCAGCUGGGCCACGGCAGUGGCCUUGGCGUGGCUGGAGCAUCGCUGCGCUGGGUUCUUCGAGGAGUGGGAGCUGGUGGCAGCCAAGGCGGAUGCGUGGCUGCAGGCACAGCGCCUACCCGAGGGGGUGGACGUGGGCUGCCUCAAAGGGGCAGCCAGGCACUUGUUCUUGCUGCUGCGUCACUGGGACGAGAACAUCAAGCUGAACAUGCUGUGCUACGACCCCAACAACGUCUGA